AUGCUUCUCGCGGCGUGGCGGCUUCCUCACCUCCGGGUGGGCCCAUUUGGCGACAACCAAGUCCCUCGUGAUUACAGCCUUCUUCUUGUCGCAGUGUUUGCUGCCUCUGUGGACGACGCGCUCACGCUCAGCCGCGGCGUCAUCGCCGACUACAAGACCGUCAACGAGGCGCUGCCGUAUGUCCGCGGGCGUAUCGACUACGCUAGACAGCUCAAGCGCCCUCUCGGCUUUAGCGACCCACGUGUGGCGUGCUCCUUUGCUGAGCUCACAGAGGAUACCCCACAAAACCGUCUGUUGAGCACGGCGACAACGCGGAUGCUUCAUAUGGCGACGGCUCUCCUCCAAAGUCCCGAGGGGAGGGCGUGGCAGCCACUUGGUGACGCACUUGUCAAGCUUGAACGAGCGUCACGGAUGCUGAGCAGCGUGCCAUCGCGCUGGUUCAGCGAGCGCGAGCUCAGCAAUUUCGCGACGUGCCCGACGCCGCGCUACAGAUUUUACGAGCCUGCUUUGUCCCUGGCAAAGGCAAUCCUACUGAGCUCGUCGCUCGAGGGCAGUGGUUCAGAUGCAGGAAUAUCCUUCCUCAUCAACAUGAACGAUGCCUUCGAAGAAUACGUGCGAGCCACCUUGCGCAAGGUUUCGGCUGAUUCACGAAUGACGUGGUCUGAGGUCACCAUCCGGCCUCUGCCCGACUCGGGCAGCGCUUUCGCGUUAAACAACAAGGGCUACGCGCCCGAUUGUGUGUGCAAAUGCAACGACCGAUGCGUGGUGGCCGAUGCCAAGUACAAGAGGCUGCACCUCAGUAAGUCAGGGCGGCUGCUGCCGAUUCGCGAGGACGUCUUCCAAAUGCUCGCAUACAUGUCCAUGCUUGGCGCAUCGGCGGGUCUCCUCGUGUAUGCCGCGUGCGACCCGCGGUAUUACGCCACAGCCGCACCGCCGCAAUCCGGGCAGAGCACCUUCCUCUGGCGCGCAGAGUGGGACAGUGGUGCCAAGCUGUACUUUCUCUGCCUCAACCUCAAAUGUCGUGGGUGGGUUCUAAAAAUCUUUUUCGACGCAAUCUCCGAAACUUUGGCUGUGGCGGCACGGCCCAUCCUGACGCUCGCGGCGCUCUUGGCGGCGACGAACAUGCGGAGCCCAGGUAGCGCCUGGGCAGGCCUCCUGAUGGCCGCGCUGCGCGCGGUCGUCGUCGUCCUCGGCGUGGGCUCCGGUGCCCUCCACGCGCGCGCGUGCGACUCUGCGCACUUCUGCGCCCAGAAGCAGGAUGCUUUCCUGCUGCAGGGCCACGGGAUUGGCAGCGGGCGAGGCGGCGGCCGUCGGAACGCUGGGUGGGGAGGGCGGCUGCCCUCGCUCGCUGCCUGA